AUGGAUAAGAUCAAGGAGAGAAUGAACACCCUCCGUCUGGAGGCUGAGGAGGCCCACGAGAAGGUGGAAGAGUUGAAGGCCAAGGUGAAGACUUUGGAGCAGGAGAACUUGUCGAAGGAACAGGAGAUCACAUCCCUCAACCACCGCAACCAGCUCCUGGAGGGUGAGGUGGAGAAGCUGGAGACCGCCCUGAAGGAGGCCAAGGAUGCUGCCAACCAGAGCGCCCAGCACGACACCCAGAACGAGGCUCUCCAGCGCCGUCUGCAGGUGCUCGAGGAGGAGGCUGAGGAGGCUGAUCGGAAUCUGCGGGAAGUAAACGAGAAGUACACCUCCCUUCCCCCGCUGCCCAAUGCUACUAUCAAGUUACUAACUCAGAUUCUUCCCAAUAGGCUCCGCCAGACCGAUGUCAAAGCUGGACAUUACGAACGCAAAGUGCAGGCUCUCGAAGCGGCUCGUGACCAGUGGGAGAGCAAGUAUGAGGAGAUGGCAAAGAAGCACGCCGAGCUGCAGAAGGACCUUCACGAUCUCGAGGUCUCCAUAAGCAAUGUUUAA